CCUUAGUUGCUCUCCAUCCCCUUUCCUUGCUCUCCACCCCCUGCUUUUCUUGCUUUUCACCCUCCCUCCUCGUUCCCCAGUCCCUUCCUUGUUCCUUGCCCCUGGGAUCCAGGGGCAGCCGCAGCUGCUCUGGGCACCCUGUGCCAGAGUUUGGAGUAUGUGAGAAGCUGCCAGAGGAAUUUUAAUUUCUCCUUCAUCAGCAGGAUAAGGAGCUGCACAAUCAGGAUCAGCACAGAAAUAGUGGCUGAUUGACAGAAAUUUGGUGUUGGCUGCCUCUCCAGGGCUUUGGUGCAGUUGGAUUUUAGUCACAGACAUCUCUGGAGGAGUGGGAACACUUCCAGAGCGGCCUCAGCAGGAUGCUCCUGCCUUGCCCUGUGCCUCCAGGAGCGUGACCCCGCGGUGCUGGGGCACCCCACAGCCGAGAUGGUGGCCUUUAACUGGAAGGCUCUGGAGAACUUCCCACUGCUGAUGUACAUUUUGGCAGCUAAAACUCUGAUCCUUUGCUUGGCCUUUGCUGGAGUCAAAAUGUACCAGAGCAAGAAAAUCGAGGAGAAACUGAAGAGGGAGCGCGAGGAGAAACUGAAAGCAGAAGCAGAGAAGAAGGAUGAGUGAGGAGUCCCUCAGGUUCCUGACACUUGGAUUCCUCUCCCAGGAGGAUGAAGCCAGCCUGGAAAAGGAGGAGGUGUAACCUCAGGGUGACCCUGGAAUUAUCUCCGUUUUUCCGUGUACAGCAAAGCGUCCCAGCCUCUAUUUAUGCAAUAAAAAAACCCCUUUGUUUAGAAAAUAAAAAUCAAAAAUAAA